CGGCCCUGCGCUCGCGGCCCUGCCGCCACCUGCUGCCUGCGCGCGGACAUGGGUUCCUGUACUGCCUGAAGACCUGUUGAUGGGUUACCAUGGUCAAAGCAGCUGGAAGAGGCUGACAGAAUUUCCACCAAAGGCUGGCAAAGCACACAGGCUAAGUGCUGAGGAGCGGGACCAGCUGCUGCCAAACCUGAGGGCUGUAGGGUGGAAUGAGCUGGAAGGCCGAGAUGCUAUCUUCAAGCAGUUCCAUUUCAAAGACUUCAACAGGGCUUUUGGCUUCAUGACAAGAGUGGCCCUGCAGGCUGAGAAGUUGGACCACCAUCCCGAAUGGUUUAACGUGUACAACAAGGUCCACAUCACCUUGAGCACCCAUGAGUGUGCGGGCCUUUCAGAACGGGACAUAAACCUGGCCAGCUUCAUUGAGCAAGUAGCAGUAUCCAUGACAUAGACGUGGCUCCACUCUGCAAGGCAGCUCACGUUCCCCAAUGCUUGCUACAGUCAGAACGGCCAUGUUGACUCUGCUGCUUCUGUUUAGGAGUAUCUUUGCUGCCAGCAUACUACCAGCCCCAGGAAUCGAGACCUUUUCCCAUCCUCGCCCCUCUCUCCAUCCUUGGAGCUCCAGUAUACUACACUAAUUCAACAAGCUCUUUCUGCCCUUGCAACUUCCCAGCAACACUAAUGUGUCCUUUCUAGGCCGUGUCCUAUUGUCUGGCUAAUUCAUUUCCAUGACAGAAGGUGAAAUAAAGUCCCACUGCAGUCAGGAGCCUAACAAACCUCAUCCUGUGUGACAGAGAAGCCAGUGCUUUCAUGCUUCCAAUAAAGCUACUGUAUCACUUCA